GUGACCGUGAACCUGUUCUGAAUAAAUAUGCUGUACAGUUCUUGGUAUCAUCGGAAAGCAACGAUAUAUUUCUUCCACGCGCGGUACUGCCACGGUGGUUGCAAAUCGCGUCACCAAGCUCUUCUUAAUUCGGCUGAGAGAACCUCACUUUCACACAUCAUCAGUUGAAGAAAAACCAGAGGGGUCGCGUGUAACGCACGCUCCCGAGUCCUCUGGUAGGACUUUCCCUUCGUCCGUUGUCGGUGGCUGAUACGGCUCUUGAUCGACUUCGCUGUGGCUGUUGUUCGUCGAAUCUGAUCGACGGAUCAGAUUACGUCAAUUCGAAUCUAAUAUCAUUACAACGGGAAGAGAUCAAGAAACAUGUUUGGGCGUAAGAAGGUACCAUUGUUGGUAGAUCUUUGUGUUCAGAAACUAAUCGAUAACGUGAGGUACUUAGGAAAUGUUGGCGGAAUUGCUGAUAAUCUGCUAGAGCGAAUACUGCCACACUGCACAGUUGAUCAAUUGAUGCAUGUAGAAAAGUCAACUGAAGGAACAGACCUGAGUCCUAUAACUGAUAAGUUAUGGAAGCGAUUUUUUGAAAAGGAGUUUGGUACACAUUGUACAAGUCAAGUAGUUAAGAGGAUGAAAGAUAAGAAAGUGUCAUACAAAUGGAUACAGUUAUAUGAGGCAAAACUAAAGGAAGUGGCUGAGGCUGAGGAUAAAGCAGUUGAUCGAUUGAAGCAACGAUACAAGAAAUUAGAUGACCGGAAACAAAGUAGGCAAGUAAGGCUAUGCACAAAAGUUCCCCCUUCAAGUAAAAGAAAAUUUUGGGGUGAUGGAGGGUCUAGCUAUAAUGUAUCACAUUUGAAGAGCAACAUACUGAAGAAAUCAAAGAUAGAAUUUCUAAAGAGUCCUGAAGUGAAAAAUCUUGCUGCAAUGAAGAAAAAUACUAUCCAGAGGAGUCAGAGUUCACCAAGCAUGAUCAAGAAAGGAGGCUUUUCUGGAAGUGGUUCAACUUCAAAACGCCCAAUUCUAUAGAAGGGAAUACAUCAGUAGUAGACUUUGCGAGGAAUAGUCCUGCAGGGGAGAUAGCAAUGCUGUAUAUCAUAAUUUGCUUUGAAGUUGCAACUGUAGUUCCAGUUUUAUUUCUAGGAAAGCUUGGCCUCAUUUCCCUUGCUAAUUAAUUCUAAAUUUCUUUGCUGAUAUAUGCAUUUCUCGUGUAGAUGCAUGAUCUGUAACUUAUUCCUAUAUUGGUUUCCUUAUGAAAGUCAAAUAAUUUUUCA